CGUAGUCCAGAAUAUCAGCCGAUUUUCUUUUGCGUUUGCGUGUGGGCCAUCAGAGUCUGCCAGCCAUCCAUCGUCUCGGCAUCUCCGCAUCAGUAGACAACUGUAGCUAGUUGUGUCCAAUCGGAAGGACCAUGGCCAUCCAGGGCUCCUAGCUAGUCUACCUAGUACCGGUAGAGGGGUUUGAGCACCAUGCGCAGACGUUUAUUGCUGAACAAGUCGAAGCAACGGAACCAAAACUUCAAGAUUGACCCCAAGUGGUUGUUGAUUGCAAUCGUCCUGAUCUUGUCGGGUUUUUUCCUCUUGGCCAGACGGGUCCUAGUCCAGUCCACCAGUAUCCAACCUGAUCAGGGGACAACGCUAGGUGGUCACCUAUCUGUACACACGGUUGCUUCUGGAGGCUCUACUGGUAUUGGCAAGGCAGAACCUGCUGCUACCGUGCAUUCCAACGGACCUUUAUACUUUACCCCCAAUCAGCAAAAAGCCACUUUCAUAUCCCCGCUUGACCCCUCUCUGCCGAAAUGGAUCCGAGACUAUAUCACUUGGCAUCGACAAGUUCGUGCCCAAUAUCCUGGUGCAGAACUCUUUAAUAACCCCCAGGCUCCCAAUGUCUUGAUACGGACUUGUUUGGGACUCUGUGGAGGCCUCCAUGACAGACUGGGACAAUUGGCGUGGGAUCUGUAUUUGGCCAAUCAAACCAAAAGAGUCCUCUUUGUCAGAUGGUACCGGCCCAAGCCGAUCGAAGAUUUCCUCAUACCCAACUAUUUUAACUGGUCCAUGCCACCCAAUAUACCCGGAUUUAGCCGUCUACAAGAAGUCAAACAUACCAUCACGGAACUCUUUGAAGGAGUCGAUGAUGCACAUCCGGAAGAGGAUUUUUGGACUACACACUUGCAAAAGGGAAUUGAGCGCGCCAAAAAUGGAGAUUUCAAAGCAGUCAAGAUCUUGAGGCAUCGAAUAUUGGGACAUUUGAAUGAAGACGAAUUGGAAAAAAGACUCGUAGCGCUGGGGGAAACUGACAUGAUUCAUGACACGUUGUCCUUUGGAAAGCUCUUUUUUCUAUUCUUUCAUCCCGCUCCAGCCGUAGAGAUGGAAUUGGAAGAUGUCUACGAGACGCUGAAAAUAGCACCAGGAAAAUAUUCAGCUGUGCACUGCCGAGUCAGGCACCCCAAAGCGUUCUCAAAAGGAGCCGUGGUCAAAGGAAAACACAAGGAAUAUCCAGCAGACAAGACAGGGUUGCCCUGGGAGGGGCAGACAAGAGAGUUUGCUGUGGAAACGGCUACAGAUGCACUGCAUUGUGCCAAAGAUUUACUCAAGGAACCAAAAGAACCAAUCUACUUCUUCUCCGACUCAAAUGACCUUGUCCGAUACUUCUCCAGAGAGCUUCAGAAUAGUACGUUUGUGUCUACAAACCGCACUUUGCUCAAGUCCAGUACUGUGGACUGGACGGCCCUACAGGAAGUACAAAAUUCCAAUGUCGUCGCACGAAAUGUUGAUUUGGAAAACACCCAUAUCGAUAGACAAAAGGGGCGUGCCCCACCAGCAUACUAUGGAACGUUUGUGGAUCUCUUUCUUGCCAUCAAUGCUCGAUGUGUCACAUUUGGUAUCGGUUAUUAUGCUGUCUUUGCUGCCAAAAUCUCAGGCAUCAAAUGCAAGCAGGUGUACACUGAGGAGGCGUGGGGUGGGAACGAACGCAAACGAUUAUUAGCUGAUGUAUGCAAACAGAAGAAACGCUAGGUUUUGCUGCGUUCUCCGUCUACCGUGGGCCAAAAGAGCAAACCCCGUUGUUCUCGGCGUCCAAAAGGGCCAAACAACCACAGUCAACAACGAACUAGCAAGGCACUGCUCGCAUGGAUAGUAUGGUAUGUCUGGCAAGGGAGACGCUAGGUUGACGCGACAUUGAUCCGCGGCUUACAGGCCAUGGUUAGGCAGUUCCUCGUGCUUUCUUGGGACUUGCAGUGCUGUAUGCAUUUUUUCGAGACUUCUGGUUCCCCCGUUCCAAAUCAGAAGCGAUCAAAUGUCUAUCCACUCGACAACGCAGACACUCCACCCACUGGCCUCGACCUGUCUAGCCAGAAGUGAUGCAGCCGAAGCACGCCUUUUGUUGCUUAUACCCAAAAGAACAAUAUACUCCGCAAUAGGGAUUGGCACGAAGACCCACUAUCAUCUCCAUCGUCGUUAUCGCCAUCAGACCUUGCUGCUUCCGAAGGUGCAGACGAGAAACCCUCAAUCGUCGGUUGAGGUGUAAUCGUUGGGCGGCCAGUUGGGCUAACAGAAGGCUCUAAUGUGGGGCAGGAGUCGACUGCUCGACAGUCAUUCAAGACAGUCACUCCCACCGUGGACCAGCCAUCCCUUAUAAAUUGCUGUACUUGGUUGCUCGUGCAUGUCGAGGCCGGCGACCGCACUAAGAAAAACUCUUCAACCAACCAACACGAAGCCUCUGCUGCAUCCAAGAAGUUGCUUGUUUGUGUCAGUCCCUUUACAUUGGAAUAGAGAAAGACUGUCCCCAAAAGAAUGGCGCAACCUCGCAGGUCGUCGCACAUGCUUGUUUCGCACUGCCGAACUGAGUUGACAUAAGCCUUGUUCAUGGCUCCGCUGGAAUAAUGCACUCUCAUGCCAGAUGUGUACUCGCAUACGUCGCCAAUACUUUUAUACAGCGGAGCUUCCAUGUUGCGCAAGGCUUGUCCGACUUGCUCAGCCACGGUAAAGUCUGCGGCAUCAAGGAUAAGCAACACGACAAUAACAAAUAAAAGCAAUGAAGCAGACUCUGGCUUCGUACCUGGAGGA